AUGUCAAGAGAAGACGACAGGUUACAACGUGCGAAAGAUGCGUUAAAGAACGCGUUACAGGAAUUGGAAUCAGAGCCACAGAGCUCAAGCAACGCAAGAGCUACAGCUACUCGGUCUCCGAAUAUCGGUGUCGUUGAUCAACAAAGACAAAGUGCAACUGAUGAUUUUAGGUGAGUCAAUGAAAGAGGAACGGAAUCCAUGAGUGUAUUAUCUAUUUUCUUUAAAGGAAUAUUAUAGCUAUAAGUAAGUUUAAUUGUUUAAUAUAUAGACCAUAAUAUUGGCGCCGCCGCUUUCCCAUUCUAAUGCAUGCAACACGUGUCAUUAGUAAAUUUAUAUUUUUUUUCAAAUACGCGACUACCGGGGAGGGGGUUAUGGCCAAAAAGAAACAAUGACGAUAAAUCAGUCAAGAUGUUAUAUACAUAAUUUCAAAUGCCCCUGGCCAAUAAAGCAGUUAAGAUUUUAUACAUAAUUUCAAAUACCUGGAAAAGUUAUAAAAUAUGAUAAUUUGUAGGGGGGGGGGCAAGGGGGGGUCUUGUCACGAAAUUACCCAGAGUGAAUUUGAGGGUGUAUUUUCGAAAGAUCUUCGGCGCAGAACAGUGACUCGAACAAAGUUUGGCGCAGAUUGAUCGCAAAUAUUGAUUUGGCGCAACUAUUUGUCGCAGAAUGAUCCCAAAGAUCAAUUUGGCAAAGAUUUGGUGAAGCAAUUGAGCAUUUAUAUGUAAUAGUAUAUUUGAAAUUAUGAUUUGAGAAGAAUGAAAAGCCAAAUUUCGAAAAUUCAGUGAAAAUUUCGGAUAUUUCCUAAAACCGCAUAUUUUUCGCGACAAUUUUCUUGGCGCGGGUUUUGGUGCAGCUUUACAUGAAUUCGAAAAAUCUUUCGAUUCACGAGUCACGAAAAACAAAAUUUCAUUUUCACGAUUUUUAGAAACACAGAACCGUAGCAAAGUCUGAAACCAUUUAGCGCGGAUUUUCUAGACAGCAGAACUUGCUGACUUCAACAUUAGAGCCGUUUAAACGACUAUGAAAAUCAUUGCGAGGCAUUACAAAACAUUACGAGACACGAACCAACCUCAAGAAACGAAGAAACUUUAAGAAAGACAACCGCGGGAAGCAAAUUUAUUUAUUUUCCCCCAUAAUAUUAAAUUUGGGCCGAGUUUUAAACGUAAACAUUCACAAUAGCUAAUCACGAGUCAUGAAAAUACCCUUGCCCCCCCCCCCCUUUGUAAUAAAUUCCAUGUGUUUUUAAUGACUAUUUUUACAAGGUUCUGCAGGCCCUGCUGUUUUGUGUGACCUUCCCUGAUGCAGCAGGAACUUGUUAAGAGAAUAAAUGUUAACAGAACUUGAUAAAUCCAACUCAUUGGGUAUAUUUUUGUUGCCGACAUUACUGUUAUUGUAGUUUCAACUCUAAAUAUUCCUUUUUGGAUUUUAAUCUAUUAAUAAAAUAUCAGUCACCAGAAUGAUAAUGAUUUAACAUAAAUUAUUGCCAUAUUUAAAACAAAGUAUAUGACCGGCAGCCGGUCACGGUUUAUCAAAUACUAAAUGGCCGGUCUAAAUGGCCAGUCUAGUGACUAUAGUUGAAUAUAAAAACUUUUGUUUGCGUUAACUUUUAUCGAGCUUGCCGUUAGCUCAUAUGGCAAGGGCGCUGCGUGCGGAAAGUUAAACGCAGUCGGGAUCGGGAUGUGUUUGUCUGAUUUAGCAUUUUUUUUCUUAAAAUUACUGUGCAGAAAGCCUGUUUUUGCCCCCCCGCUGCCUUAAAAAUCUUGAUCUUCUGAAAAAACGAUAGUAAACUAAAAUUUUUGUAAAUACCCCUGAAAACCCAAGUGUUUUUGACUUGGGCCUUAUCAGACCUUGAAUACGGGUUAUCUGAAUAUUGGUAAAUUUCCGUGUUGACACAUUUGGCCCAUUGUAAUAUUUAAAUUUAUGAAAUAAAAUUUAGGAGAGCUUUCCCGGGACUCUGUUCAAGGAAUGUGUCAAGGCCAUCCACGUCAAGAACACAGAACACACAACAACCACCUGCAAAAAGAUCAAGGCAAAUGGUUGGUUAUACACCAGUCCAUUUUAAAGUUCCUGACACCUGAACUCAUGAUGUCUGUAUUGUUGCAAGAGUCAACGAGACUUUAACUCCAGAUAGAGCUCGUAGUGAGGUCUUGACGCGUGCUGGUCUUGGGCGAGUGAGACUCGUGUUUCCAGAUAGAAAGGCAUCCCAUCAAGACCUUCAAAAAUUUUUAGAGGGCAAGUUCCCAAAACUUAAAGCAGCAGGAGGAUUUGAAGUUCUCAGGGCUCAUGGUGGUGGUGGAGGUCAAAGAACAUUGGUUCCAUUACCACCAAGCAAUGAAGGGUACACUGUUCCUUACUUAAAAGAGAGGUUGAAUUCAGCCGUUGCCUACAUAAGACCUUUACAGGCAGAUCUUGAUGAGUCCAGUUCUAAUGAGGUAAAAUGUUGCUGAUUUUAUGUAAUAAAAUAAAGUAGGAAACAAACUUGAAUAGAAGUAACAUCUCGAAUGUAAUAAAUUUGUUUGUGGAAACACAACCAGGCUUUUAUGGCGAAGGGCGUUCAGGCGUCCUGGGACGCCCCUAGAACAAAAAAUGGACGCCUUUGGACGCCCAAAUUCUGGGGAGAAAGGAAAUUAUCUUCAGUUAAUUUCCUAAGUAUAUUAAUAUAUCUGAAACGAAAUAGCUUCAAUUCUCAUUAUUAUUAUACAUUUGACAUUUUGAUCAAUUUGAUGGUGUACCUGGCAAAUGAAAAUGUCAUAGUUAAUUAAGUAAAGAAGGAUAGCGGCACAAACUCGCAAAGCCAAGUGUAUUUGAAAAAUCGUAUGUAUUUGAAUCAAGUGUAUUUGAACAAGCUUGGAACAGAUACUGACAUAAACGUAAGCUUUAAGGUUUUCCAGAGGGACGUUUCCUCGACCCAAAGGUUGAACAUAUAGGCUGUUCAAAUGAUUGUAGUCUAAACACAGGGAUUUGGCCUUCAAAACAAGCAUAUACGUGGGUAAGAUAAAAUGUGUAGCUAUGAUCUAUCUUAUUUUUAUUAAAAUGUAGAUGGAAGCUGGGCCAAUGGUCCCUUGCAUUUAUUGCAAUGAAGAAAUGCCAUUCACUAAAGUAAAGGAGCACAACUGUAUUUCUGAGUGAGUAACCUUUGUAUUUAAUCAACAAUGUCAAUUACAGUAUAAGUAUGUAAAUGCUAAAUGUCAAUGAGGAUCAAAAUUACCAAUUCCUUCAACAACAAUUUGGACUUUCAAUUUAAAGAGUCAUGCCUACCGACCCCACUUCACGAACAUAAAAGAUUCAAAAAAUAAUUUCACAUCCGCCUGUACAUCUAAAGGAUUUACUGGGGUAAAUGCCACACCAAUUAUAUAGCUAUAAAGUUUCCUGAUUUAGCUAUGAAAUGGACAGUUAAAAUCAGUUACAUAUACACAUCAGACAAAAUGUAGACCUACUGUAAUUAAUAAAGUUUGUUUAUAACUUAUAAUAGUUUAAAUAUUUUGAGGCGAGACCAGGUUUAAUCAUCAAAUUUCUCAGCCAUCUGGUUUAAAUAUUUAUUUUUACAAGCUUUUGGCUGCGAAUUUGUGGCCUUGACCUGUAAGUUACAAUAAUAAAAAAAUAAAUAUUUUAAACCCGAGAGUGUUAAAAAAUAAUAAUAGUUAGAUAAUGUGGUGUAUUCUUUGAUACUUUUACUAACGGUGUGUGAGUAUAGUAUAUAUUUCAGAAAAGAAAGAGUGAGGGAGUCUGAUAGUAAAUUGUAAUCAUGUCAAAAUGUAUUUGUGUUUUAUAGAGCUGGUACCAGCCAAGAUUUGAAGGAUGCUGAUGCUAUAAGUCUUGAUGAUGGUCCUAGCACAUCUAAUAGUACGUCUAUUUCUUCACACAGUGGUAGUAUUUGUAAAAUCACUUCAUUUUUUUCUGGUAAAAUACCCUGGGAAACCCAUGAAAAGAUAAAUUUUCAUGGCAAGGGUCAGUCAAUGUAAUUUUUUAGUCUUUUAGUUUUCAAGUCUUGAAAUAUAACGUAUAACACAACGUGAUAAACUUCGUGACUGAAUAUGUGUAUCUUGGAAAUGUGAUAGAUAAUCAUAUGUCAUUGAAUGAAAAUUUCAACCGUUCAUACAAGAGAGCAAGCGGUCGUCUUCGUUUAAUUCAAUCAGUCCGCAGAAAUUUGACAGCAGCGUCAGCUAUCGACAUUUACAAUAUGAUAAUACUACCAAUUCUAACUUAUAGUAGUACCAUCAAAACAAUUUUUACUGACUCUCAACUAGCAAAGCUCACAUCGUUUGAGAGACGCGCGUCCAAGGUGAUUGGCACCGAAAUGACCGAAUCUAUACCGAAUACCAAAGAACUGGUGCAAUCGCAAAUUUUUUCUAUGGUAGAAAAGUGUCUCCAGAGAACUUUGAACAUGAUACACUCGUCAAUUAUUUUCAACUGGGUUAAUCAUGAGAAAGAAACGAGAAACAACAUUUCUAUUAAACUGCCACGAAUUAAGCUGGAAUUGGCUAAGCGGACCUUCUACUUCGGUGGAGCAAAACUGUUUAAUUCAUUACCAGCAACAGCACGAAGAUCUUUGAUUUUGAAAUAGUUUAUCUUUAAAGGGAUUUUAAUUUUGUAACUAUUAUAUUUGAAAGAUAUUUUAUCCUAUUUGUCCGUUCGUAUAUAAAUAUGUAAUUUUUAGGCUUUAUUUAUUAACUUUUUGGCUACCUAUUUUUGUUAUUCUUGGAACUUUACAGGACAAAUAUUGAUAGCAGUUGUUGUAAUUAUUUAAUUUUUACAUAACUGACGUUUUUAUCCUGUUAAAAUAUUCAUCAAUAAUAAUAUUAAUAAUACAGUUUAAUUGUUUUAUCAUAAUAAUCGGGUUUUGUUAUUACUUAUUGUACGUUAAUUGUAAUUUGUCUAUAUAUCUACAUAUGCUCUGAUUCUUUUUAGGCCAAGCAAAGAGUAAUGAUGCUGAACAAAUAGAAGCUGAUCUAAGAUUGGCAAGGAGGUUAGAGGAAGAGUUCAAUGACGACCUCGAAAUCUUGAAUACCACCGUUUUAAGUGCACCAACAAGCUUGGCCCAAGAACUUGCAGUGGCUGGUUUAAAAUCCGAAUCGUCAAAAUCUGUUGAUCUUUAUGUGCAGCGUUCGAAGGUUUUAAGCAACGUUUUUGAAGAGUUAAAGGGCCAAAAGUUUGAAACGGCCAAAUUAUCUGUAGAGUUUGUUGGAGAACCUGCGGCAGACACAGGUGGUCCUACAAGAGAGAUGUUUUCAAUUGCAUUCCAACAAGCAAUUGAUUCCAGGAUUACCAGAGGUGCAUUUCCAACAAUGACGUUCAUGCAUGAUCAGUCCGCUUUAGCUGCAGGCGAGUAUAAAAUGUUUGGCCAACUCGUUGCACUUGCGUUACUUAAUGGAGCUUCUGGUCCACAUUUCCUGUUACCUUCUCUUAUUCAUUUCGUUCUUGGCACUCCUGAUGAGCAAGAUGUUGCAAGCCUCAUUGAGCAGCUGCCCUUGGAAAAUCACGACAUAAAGAAGAAACUGGAGAACCUAAAUAGCUGCGAAGACCCAAAACAAUGGAAUGAAGCUAUGUCAAACUUUGAUGAACGUUUUGACAUGGGAAUAAAUUCAGCCACAGUUCCAUUUGAGAAGAAAGAAGAAAUGUUAAAGGCUGCUGUUAAGCACAUCAUGCUGAGUUCCGUAGCAGAAGAAAUUUAUAGCUUUCAAGAGGGCUUGUCAUUAUUUAAUGUGCUGGGCAUAAUGAAGAAGUACACUCAGCAAGCAUUCGAGGAACUUGCUCAUGUGGAAAUUAAAGAAGAGGAUGUCCGAAAGCCUUUCACACCUAUAUUUUCGGUAAAAGGAUCCACAAAGAGAGCUAGUGAGGAAUUGAUAGCUUAUAAUUUUAACCAGUUUCUCAAAAAAGUUCGUCAAGGUGCAAUUACCCGCACUGUGCUUGAUCUAGAUGGAAUUCUUGCCACUACGUCCUCUUCAAAUGAAAUUGUUCUAACCCUCAGUCUUAAUGAUGUGUUGCAAUUCAUUACCGGGUCCCGUUAUGUUCCACCUGGCGGAAUUGAGGGGUCAAUGCUGUUUGUUCAUGACACCUUGCAUGGAGCAAGAGCCAAAGCCAACACUUGUGGGAAUACAGUCACUUUUCCUGUGAACAAACGAUACAGCUCCGAGAAUUCCUCUGAGUUCACAUCCAACUUUGCAGAUGAUAUUUUCGAUGGGCCAGCUUAUGGUUGUGUUUAACUUCUGGCUAGUAGAACAUUGUUAAAAUUCUAUUUGAGUUUUUGACGUUGUAAGAAUCGGACAUGCCUUGGACUGUGAUUGUUUUAUGCACAUACUAUGAGCAUAUAGACUGUACUAUUUUUAUAAAGUUGUUAAUGCACUGUUCUGUUUUACUGUUUGAAUACAUAAUUACAUACAUUAUUUCAAUCAACUGCAAACAUCAGGUUUUCCCAACGAAGUGUAUACCACC